AUGCCAAAAAUCCGUCGAACUCGCAAGAAAGCGCCUGAGGGCUACGAGCUGAUUGAAGAAACACUGAAUGUAGAAUCACUCUGGCCCGUCUUCAAGAUCCACCAUCAGCGAUCGCGCUACAUUUUUGACCUUUUCUACAAGCGAAAGGCCAUUUCGCGCGAGUUGUACGACUGGUGCCUUCGAGAAGGAGUUGCUGACGCGAAUUUGAUCGCCAAGUGGAAGAAGCAAGGAUACGAGAAUCUCUGCUGUCUCAGAUGCAUUCAAACGAGGGAUACCAACUUCGGGACCACUUGCGUCUGCCGCGUUCCUAAAUCAAAACUUGAGGAGGGAAAGGUCGUUGAAUGCGUUCAUUGUGGUUGCCGAGGGUGCUGCGGCUGA